AUUAAAUGAUGAAAAAGUCAAAUUAUAUUUACGUCGUGUAGGUUUUGUGAUCACAUUUGGUGGUGCACCACCUCCAGAUAUUGAAAAUGAUCAACUUUUAGAUAUUUUACGAUCACAAGCAAAGUGGAUAAAUGAUAGCACAACUUUUUGUGUUAGAAGUACUGAAUGUUCUACAUAUGUUGAUGGGAUUAAUAAAGUUUGUAGACAAUGUCAUGAUUUGAGAAAAUCAAAGAAUGCGAUUGAUAAACCAAUGCCUAAAGAAAAAAACAAAAAAUACACUUCUUUAGUUCUUUAUAAAAAUUCUCCAUUUUAUCAAUAUUGUAAAAAUGCAAAUGUCAUGGAAUUAUUAGAAUAUUUUAAUGAUCCAGAAGAUUUACCACCAUUUGUACUUGGAAUUAUUUCAAAUAAUAGCGAAAAUGUGUUGGAUGUAUAUAAAAUUCAUAAACAAGUUUUAGAACUUGCUGCAUACUUUAAAAUUCAUAUAUUAUCAAUUGGAGCUGAUGGUGCAUCUAUAGAAAUUAAAGCACAAAAAUGUAUUAUGGAAACUAAUACUGAAACAAAACUUGAAUUUAAUGACGAAUUAUAUGUUACAUUAAAACCUGAGGUAUUAUUAUUUUCAACUGAUCCUUUAACAAGUGAAAUAAUACCAAUUGAGGAAAAUUUAACAAAAGAAUCUCAAGAUAGUGAGAAAGUUUUAACAGAAAUUGCCAAAAUGAUAGGUAAUGUUGCAAGCUUGAAUUUACGAAAUGAUAUAGAUGAGGAUUUGAUAGAUGCUCGUGAACAGAUAAAAAAUUUAUCUAACAAUACAUAUUUGCAACAAACUUAUGAUAACAAUCCUGAUAUAUUAGAUAAUGAUAACAAUAUAAUUUUUGAUAUACUAUAUCAACGUCGAAAGUAUCACAAGGCUUAUACUUCAAAAAAAAUGAUCUGA